UCCCUUUUUCCUUCGGCUAACAGGACCAUAUGUGGAAGAGGCCAACAUCUAAGAAGUGGUGGUUUGAAUAUGACUGUACUGAACGCAACACAUCUUCCCACUGAAUAUUUGCAAGUUUUAGAAAAUAUUCACAGUCCAUGUGAGCACACAAAGAGCUUUCUGAUAUGCUUAUUACAAGAUCGUAUGAUUGCUCGUUUCAUUAUCUUCAUUUUCAUGCUUUGGCUUUUUGGGAACAGAACCAUCUUCUUCUUUCUCCUCUUCCGUAUUAGGAAGACUUUCUUCUCUGUCUACAUCUGGAAUUUAGCUGUAGCUGAUUUUGGUGCCCUGUUAGUUCUGUGCAGUAUCUUCAUAUUCUUUUGCACUUGUGAGGAUUCGAGCGAUGCUCUUGUUAAAUUGUUCCUGUUACUGGCAUACCUAUUUUUCUUCAUGCAGGGUACUAGCAUGCAUUUCCUAAUGUCCAUCAGCAUUGAUUGGUUCUUGGUUGUCCUCUUCCCUAUUUGGCACCGACGUCACAGUCCAAAAUAUUUGUCUGUUCUCCUAUCUGCCAUUGUGUCUGCUCUUCUCUGGGCUCUGUCUUGCUGGCUGUUACUGUUCUUCAAUUUGGGGCUUGACCCACAGACAAUCAUUAUCAUCACCUUAAUGAUCUUUGCUCCACUAAUGGUCAUCUCCACCCAGACUCUAAUCAUCAAGAUCUGGCACAAUUUAGGUGAGCAAGGAGAACCCUGCACAGAAAUUUUGCUUGGGAUGUUUUUCUCCCUUGUCACUUGGGCCCCCUUGAAUUUGUUCUUUGCCUUGCACCGCGAUUUUGCAACCAUCUCCUCAUUGGCUUUUGUGUUCACUUCUCUGAGUGGCACCAUCAACCCAGUACUUUACAUUCUCAUUGGACAAACACUUCUUUCUGAUUCAGGAAGUCCCAUGUUGUACUCUAGGUGGGUUCCAAGGAGGGGAGGGGAAAUCAACUAAGCAAAUGAGAGACUUGUCAUUUUGAGGUGGGGAUGAAUAAUGGUGAGGAACUCUGUGCAACAGAUCCCCCCCCUUUUUUUGAAGAAAGGAAGUCUGUAUUGGUUCAUAAGGUCUUGAUGGGUUAAAGCUAUACCAAGAUGAAUAAAGUAUGCCUUAAGAAUAUUUACUUGAUAAAUAAAAAACUACUGUAUGGCA